CGCAGUCUCUGGUCAUCCCUGUACUGUCCGCAGUCUCUGGUCAUCCCUGUACUGUGUCCGCAGUCUCUGGUCAUCUCCUGUACUGUGUCCGCAGUCUCUGGUCAUCUCCUGUACUGUGUCUGCAGUCUCUGGUCAUCUCCUGUACUGUGUCCGCAGUCUCUGGUCAUCUCCUGUACUGUGUCUGCAGUCUCUGGUCAUCCCUGUACUGUGUCUGCAGUCUCUGGUCAUCCCUGUACUGUGUCCGCAGUCUCUGGUCAUCCCUCCCAUGUGCUGAAUGAUAUUAUUAUUUUUUUUUUUUUUAAUGGAAGUUUUGUUUGU